AUGACAGCCGCUCUCGUGCUCGAGAACGCUCAAUGGAGCCCACCCGGCCCCGACGGACGCAUGAUGGUCGGCUGGCUCGACGUGGCGACGUCGCAGACCCGAUGCGCCCUCUUCGAGCCCACAUCGGCGUCGCCCGCCGAGGUGGAGCCCAUAAUCGUCAAGGCCCAGCAGAGGCUCCCGUGUCUGGGCGGCCCAUCCCGGCCCGAGGAGGCACAAACCUUCCGUCUCGCCGGCAUCUCGCGCCUGGGAUCGGAAAUCGGCCUGCUGUAUAACUGCACCCAGCAACCCGUCACACUACGCGAUUACAUCACCACUCGGCCCAAGCCCGACAGAAGAGACAGGCUACGACUCGCCCUGGCCGUCGCCACCAAGGUGCGCUCGCUCGAGGUCCACUUUGACUUGAGGCAUCCGGACCUCAGGGCCGAGAGCUUUGUGUUUAUCCGGGACGUCUUUAGGCCGGCGGCCACGAACGGCGGCGACAACGGCAACAACAGGGCCACCAUCAACGGCAACGACGGCAGGGACGUAGACCUCAGCCGGCCCUUCAUCCUAGAUUGGUCCCGCCGCCCUACGCAGCAAAGCAUAUACCAGCACCCGCGGUUCCGACCGCCCGGCGAGCGCCCGAACCGCGAGUGGACCUACCAGGUCUUUGCGCUGCUCAUGAUCCUGAGCGAGAUCGCGGCUUGGGACUCACUUGCCACGCGCUUUUCCAGCUCCACGACCCCCGCGGCGCUGCAGGCGGCCAAGGAGGAGCGCUUCCACCUGCUGAAAACGGGCGCGUGGCAAGUGUUUCCCUGGGCCUGCACUCAGCUCGAGCAAAACAUGGAAAAGCUGGAGCAGUACGACAGGUGGCACGUCAAGAGGUUUUACGACAUGUUGUGCGACAAGCUGCAGACGCAGGUCGCCGACGCCGGGCUGGGAGAGAGCAUCAUGACCAUGGCAUGA